AUGGGAGCCAAAGUCAUCCAAUUCGAUCAAGGCUGGAGCUCUCUCCAGAAGGCCAUCACGAAGCUGGAGAACAUUCUAGAGGGAGCUCCGGGCGGCGGUCACUUCAGCCCCAACGAGUACAUGGCCGUCUACUCCACCAUCUACGAUAUGUGCACUCAACACACCCCCAAUUACUCUCCGCAGCUCUACGACAAGUACCGCGAGUCGUUGGAGGAGUACACCGUUGCGGAGGUGCUGCCGGCGAUUGCGGAGAAGCACGGCGAGUUUAUGCUCCGGGAGCUUGUGGUGAGGUGGGGGAAUCAUAAGGUGUUGGUGAGGUGGUUGUCUCAUUUCUUUAGUUAUCUUGACAGGUGGUACGUCAGGACGAAGAACCUGCCGAAAUUGAAGGAGGCUGGGCUUGUUGUGUUUCGCGACAAGGUUUAUGAGAAGGUGAAGAGCAAUGUGGUUGGUUGUGUGAUUGAUAUUUUAGGGAAGGAGCGAGGAGGGGAGCAGAUUGAUAGGGGGUUGUUGAAGAAUGUGGUGGAUGUGUUUGUGGGGGUUGGGAUGGGGGGGAUGGGUUGUUAUGAGGCGGAUUUCGAGGAGGGGAUGGUUGAGCAUAGUGGGGAGUAUUAUUCGCGCAAGGCGGCGAGUUGGAUUUUGGAGGAUACUUGUCCGGAGUAUAUGGUGAAGGUGGAGGAGUGCUUGAGGAGGGAGAGGGAGAGGGCUUGUCAGUACUUCCAUUCGAGCAGCGAGCAGAAGCUGGUGGAGAGAGUGCAUCAUGAGCUGCUGGUGGUUCAUGCGCGCCAGCUGUUUGAUAAAGAGGAUUCUGGAUGUCGUGCUUUGAUUCGCGGUGAUAAGGUGGAGGAUUUGUCUAGGAUGUUUAGGCUUUACCAUAAGGUACCUAAGGGGUUGGAGCCUGUUGGGGAUGUGUUUAGAGAACAUGUUACGGAUGAAGGUAAGGCCUUGGUUCAGCAGGCUGAAGAUGCUUUGAGUAGCCAGCAGGGUUCGAAAGGAGCUGUGGCUGAAGUGGGACUCACCCUUGUCAGGAAUAUUUUGGAGCUCCAUGAUAAGUAUAUGGCCUAUGUCAAUGGUUGCUUUAUGAACCAGUCGGUCUUUCACAAGGCUUUGAAAGUGGCUUUUGAGGUGUUUUGCAAUAAAUCUGUUGCCGGAAGUUCGAGCGCUGAAUUACUUGCUGUAUUCUGUGAUAGUUUACUAAAGAAGGGAACUAGUGAAAAGUUGAGUGAUGAGACCAUUGAGGAAACUCUUGAGAAGGUUGCUGUGCUGCUUGCCUAUUAUAGUGACAAAGAUCUUUUUGCAGAAUUCUGUAGGAAAAAGCUUGCCCAUCGUCUGCUGUUUGAUCGGAGUGCAAACCAAGACCAUGAGACAAGUUUUCUAUCCAAGCUGAAACAGCAAUGUGGUGGACAGUUCACCUCAAAGAUGCAGACAAUGGUCACAGAUAUGGCUCUGGCAAAGGAUAUGCGUACCAAUUUCGAACAAUAUGUUGGAACCAACCCAAGUAUUAAACCUGGGAUCGACUUGACAGUUACAGUUCUUAGAACUGGUAGCUGGCCAAGUUACAAAUCAUCUGCUCUUAACCUUCCUGAAGAGAUGGUCAAGUGCGUUGAAGUGUUCAAAGGAUUCUAUGGUUCGCAAAUGAAAGACAGAAAAUUGGUGUGGAUUUACUCAUUGGGAACUUGCAACCUUAUUGGAAAGUUUGAACCAAAACCCAUUGAAUUGGUUGUAUCAACCUAUCAAGGUGCUCUCCUGCUGCUAUUCAAUCAUGCUGAUAGAUUAAGCUUCUCAGAAAUAUCAACUCAGCUAAAUCUCACCAAUGAGGACUUGGUUAGAGUGCUUAGUUCACUAUCAUGUGCCAAGUACAAGAUCCUCAUUAAGGAGCCAAAUACCAAGACUGUUACGGCAGAUGACACCUUUGUGUUCAACUCGAAGUUUAAUGACAGAAUGAGGAAAAUCAGGAUUCCUCUCCCACCAUUGGUUGAUGAAAAGAAAAAGGUGACUGAAGAUGUUGAAAAAGAGCGGAAGUAUGCUAUUGAUGCUGCAAUUGUGAGGAUUAUGAAGAGUCGAAAAAUUUUGGGUCAUCAAAAAUUAGUCAUGGAGUGUGUUGAGAUGGUGCAGCACGUGUUCAAACCGGACAUCAAAGCAAUUAAAAAGCGCAUUGAAGAUCUAAUUUCCCGUGAUUACCUGGAGAGGGACCAGGAAGACUCUAAUACGUUCAAGUAUGUUGCCUGACUUAAGGUACCAUUUGAGUCUUCAUAGAACUCUACCGGAACGUGAUGUGCAUUUGUGUAGGGCUUUUAGUAAUACUAGGUUUUUUGGGGCAAUUCA